CCAACUAAAUAUAUCAGGGCUGCAGAGAGGACGUGGUUGGCGUUUUUGAGGUGGUUUGGAUGCCAAAAUGCCAACCCUAGAUGACAUUUUAGAGCAUGUUGGAGAAUUUGACAGGUUCCAGAAGCAAACCUUUCUCGUCCUAUGUUUAUCUGCCUCCUUCACCCCAGUGUACGUGGGGGUCGUCUUCUUCGGGUUCACCCCUGAGCAUCGCUGCUCCAGCCCCGGGGUGGCUGAGCUGAGCCAGCGCUGUGGCUGGAGCCUGGAGGAGCAGCUGAAUCUCACAGUUCCCGAGUGGGAUGGCCAUGGGGCCAGCUUCAGCAGCCGCUGCAGGAGGUACGAGGUGGACUGGAACACAACAGGCAUCAGCUGCACUGACCCCCUGGGCAGCCUGGGGGGCAGUGGGAGCGCCGUCCCCCUCGGUCCCUGCCGGGAUGGCUGGGUCUACGACUCCCCAGGGAGCUCUAUCGUGACAGAGUUUGACCUGGUGUGUGAGGACUCCUGGAAGUUGGAUCUCUUUCAGUCUUCUGUGAACGCUGGGUUUUUUAUUGGGUCCUUAAACAUUGGCUACAUUGCAGACAGGUUUGGCCGUAAAUUUUGCCUUUUAACAACAAUUGUUGCAAAUAUUGUGUGUGGAAUCCUUCUGGUCUUCGUGCCCAGCUACCUGUGGAUAGUCAUCAUCCGGUUCUUGCAAGGGCUGGUCAGCAAGGGCUGCUGGACUGCAGGCUACAUCCUGGUGACGGAAGUGGUGGGCCCGCAGUACCGGCGGAUGGUGGGGAUCCUCUACCAGGCGGCUUUCUCCGUCGGCCUCCUGGUCUUCGACGGCAUCGCCUACGCCCUCCCUCACUGGCGGUGGCUGCAGCUCACUGUCACCCUGCCCACCUGCUUCCUCCUGCUCUACUACUGGUGCCUCCCAGAGUCUCCCAGGUGGCUGAUAUCUCAAGGAAAAAAUGACAAAGCUAUGAAAAUUGUCAGCAAUAUCGCUAAAAAAAAUCAGAAAAAGAUGCCUUCCCAUUUUAAGGAUAUUAAAUUUGAAGAGGAAGAUUGUGGAAAGCAGAAACCCUCGCUGAUGGACCUUUUCAGGACACCACAAAUAAGAAAAAACACGCUCAUUUUGAUGUACAACUGGUUCACGAGCGCCGUCCUCUACCAGGGGCUCAUCAUGCACAUGGGAAUGGCUGCUGAGAAUAUGUAUCUGGAUUUCCUCUACUCUGCACUCGUUGAGUUCCCAGCUGCCUUCCUCAUCAUCGUCACUAUUGACCGUGUCGGGCGGCGCUACCCCUGGGCCGUGUCAAACCUGGUGGCUGGGGCCGCCUGCCUUGCCACAGCCCUCCUCCCAGAGGACAUGCAUUGGUUGAAAGUGAUUACUGCUUGCAUUGGGAGAAUGGGAAUUACAAUGGCAUUUGAAAUGGUUUGCUUUGUAAAUACAGAACUGUAUCCAACUUAUAUCAGGAAUCUCGGGGUGAUGGUUUGUUCUUCUUUGUGUGAUAUUGGUGGAGUCAUCGCCCCAUUCAUUGUCUACAGACUGGUGGAGAUCUGGCACGAUCUGCCACUGGUUGUCUUCACUGUGCUUGGUCUGAUUGCGGGUGGACUGGUGCUGCUUCUGCCUGAAACUAAAGGAAGAGUUUUGCCUGAGACUGUGGAGGAUGUUGAAAACUUUCACAGGAAAAGUGCUCCAACAGCCAAAAAAAUCUAUCUCCGUGUGCAAGGAUCAGAAGCACCACAAGGCUGAAGAAGGUGUAACUCUUGCUGGGCAUUCUGCUUUAGGGCAGUAGCACAGAAAUGCCACUUAGAAUAAAUACUCUCUCAAAAGUCUUGUCUCUCUCA